AUGCCACAGAAAGACUACAGAGGCCAUACAGGCUGGGAGAGUGGCGUGGCCAGCAUGAUGCAAACCAGUCACAGCGGGGUGAACCAGCUCGGAGGCGUGUUUGUGAAUGGAAGGCCGUUACCUGACUCAACCAGGCAGAAGAUCGUGGAGCUGGCUCAUAGCGGCGCCAGGCCAUGUGACAUCUCUCGGAUACUGCAGGUGUCCAACGGUUGUGUGAGUAAGAUUCUGGGUCGUUAUUACGAGACCGGUUCCAUCCGGCCGCGGGCCAUCGGAGGCAGUAAGCCCCGGGUGGCAACCCCUGAAGUGGUGGGCAGGAUCUCCCAGUACAAACGAGAGUGUCCGUCCAUCUUCGCCUGGGAGAUCCGGGACCGGCUGCUAGCAGAGGGAAUCUGCACCAACGACAACAUCCCCAGUGUAUCGUCCAUAAACCGGGUGCUCAGAAACCUGGCCAGUGACAAGCAACAAAUGUGCCCAGCAGGAGCCGAGGGCAUGUUCGACAAACUCAAAAUGCUCAAUGGGCAGGCAGCUUGGGGAGGACGCAACAGCUGGUUCCCCGGGACCACUCUCACUACUAACGAUUGUCUGGAACCAGAGGGGACCGAGAACACCAUCAGUGCAAACAGCGACGACUCGGAGGAGACGCAGAUGAGGCUGCAGCUCAAGAGGAAACUCCAGAGGAACCGCACCUCCUUCACACAGGAGCAGAUAGACGCGCUGGAGAAAGAAUUUGAGAGGACGCAUUAUCCAGAUGUAUUUGCCAGAGAACGAUUAGCAAACAAGAUCGACCUCCCAGAAGCAAGAAUACAGGUUUGGUUUUCGAACAGACGAGCGAAAUGGAGAAGGGAAGAGAAGCUAAGGAAUCAACGUCGGCAAGCGUCAAAUACGACCAAUCAUAUUCCUAUUAGCAGUAGCUUCAGCGCAAUGCCUUUUUCAUCAGGAUCCAUGCUGUCGAGGUCGGAACCCAUCUUGUCAAACAGCUACAGCUUCAGCAUGGCCACCAGUCUGCCUGUGCAACCGUCAAACCAUAGCUCUUAUUCCUGCAUGCUACCCAGCGGCACCGCACUAAACGGCAGAAGUUAUGAGACGUACAGUGCGAGUCAUAUGCAAUCACACAUCAACAGCCAAUCGAUGUCGUCCGCGGCAACGUCCUCAACAGGCCUGAUUUCACCGGGCAUCUCCGUCCCAGUCCAGGUCCCAGGAAGUGAAGGCGACAUGUCACAAUACUGGCCCCGUUUACAAUAA